ACAGCCCCUUUCCCCUCUGUUCUCCACUUCCUCACCCCCUCUUUAAAAACCUCUCUUUUCCCCCCCUUUCCACUCCCUCUCUUUCCCCCAAUUUUUCCCCUAAAAAAGGCUCCUCUUUUCCCCCUCAAUUCUCACUCUAAACAGUGGAUCAUCAUCUGGGUAUUUGACAUCUUUGCUAAAUUUAGCUCUUUUGCUCCCAAUUUGUGCCCAAAUCUCAUAAAAAAAGAGAGAUCUUUCAACACCCCCAGCCAAUUUCAGCAGCUAUUUCUUGUCAGCUCUCUUUUUUCGAAAAAAGAAGAGAUCUUUGAACACCCUCUACCAAUUUUAGGACCUGAAAUUCUCUGAUCCACGGAGAUGAACUGCGGCGACCAAUUGCCCCAAUUCUUCCUCAACCUCAACUGUGAUCAUGAUCUUCUCGGCCAAUUCGGCGCCGAGAUCUCGUCGCAGCACCCCUACAUUGGAUCAAUUUCUCCCAACCUGAAUCCAUCGCCGCCGCCGCCGCUGACGAUGACCCAUUUGGAUCAGCUUUUCCCCGACCCGGGCUUCGCCGAGAGGGCGGCGAGGCUUUCGAGCUUCGAUGCCCGGAACUACCGCGCAUUUGCGAGCCGGUUCGGGCUCCCGGAGAUCGGCAAGGCGCCGAUCGAUGCGGAGGAGUCGUCGGUAUCCGAUCCACCCUCGGCCGAGUGCUUCCAUUCUCCCUCGGAGAGCAAUCCCAAGAAGCGCAAAGCAGCCGCAGCAAAAAGCAGAGGAAAAGAGGCACCUUUGGUGAACUCACCCAAGAGCUCUCUCAAUGUGUUGGAGGAGAAGGGCUUAGAGAGAAAGAGAUGUAGACUGGGGGAGAGUGAUCAAAAGAUAGAAGAAGAGGAUUCGAUUAAACAUAAAGAGGCGCAAAAUGGGGCUCAGAAACAGGGCAAGGAGAAGAAUAAUGCGAAGCCCGCGGAACCGCCUAAAGAUUACAUCCAUGUGAGAGCAAGAAGGGGCCAAGCAACAGAUAGCCACAGCCUCGCGGAGAGGGUUAGAAGAGAAAAGAUAAGCCAGAGAAUGAAAUUACUCCAGGAUUUGGUGCCAGGAUGCAAUAAGGUGACGGGAAAAGCCGUUAUGCUUGAUGAGAUCAUAAAUUAUGUGCAAUCUCUCCAACGGCAAGUCGAGUUUCUUUCGAUGAAGCUGGCCACUGUGAAUCCCCAGCUAGACUUCACCAACUUGCCGAAUCUUCUCUCCAAAGAUAUGCAUCAAAAUACCGGUCCUUUUCUGAAUCCAGUUUUCCCGUUGGAAACUUCGGGUGCGGCGUUUUCCUAUACCGACCAUCCUCAUCAGGAGGGGAACAUUCUCCACUCCAUGAACCAGUUAGACCCUUCUCUUUCUCAAAGUAUGAGCCCACACCAACUCCUUAACGGAAUCGGCAAUGCUUCUUUACAGGUAGGGAAUAUGUGGGAGGAUGAUCUCCAAAGUGUUGUUCAAAUGGACAUUGCGCAAAAUCAGGAUGUAGUAGUCUCCUCUCAGAGCUUUCAUGCUGUUGGUCAAUUACAAUCAUCUCACAUGAAAAUUGAGCUCUAGUUAUCUCAAUUGAUUUGGAGCUUGAUGAUUCCUUUGUAUAUAGCCAGAAGUUGGUCGGCGCCGGAGCGAGAAGCUUUUGAACUAACAAUCUAUAGUUUCUAAGACAAUUUUAAUUUCUCGUAUGAUUCUUUUGAUAUUUUUCAGAGUUGCAGUGUAACAAGUUAGUACAGUUGAAAAAAGGUGGUGCAAAUAUUACAAACACCCCUUUUAAGAUGUUGAAGAGGGAGAAGAAGAGUGCGAGAGACGUGGAAUUAUGAUGCUGUUUAAAUUAUAUAUCUAUUUCAUCUGAUAAAACUCGUCCUAUGUUUUCAUAUCAGAGCUAAGAGAUGUUGUCGGAUAAAGAUAUAUAUAUAGGGUGCAAACUUUUUGAAGUUGAA